CCUGAAAAGAGGAAGCUUGUGGGUCAGCCACCUAGUUCUGCCUGUGUUAUAGUGAGGAGGAGCUGCUUAGGAGAAGAUGAAGCCCUUGUCCCUGUUAAUUGAGAUAUUGAUCAUUCUUGGGGUCAUAAUUAAAAAUAUUGAAGCAGAAAAGCAUAGUAAAAAGCAAACGGAUAGAAAUGCCACUACACAGGUAUCAGUGAAUGAACUCAAACAAUUUUUAUCACACAUAUUGGAACGAAGAAAACUGAUUAAAGUGAUCUAUCAAAGAGAAAAUGCCUUAGGAAAAAAGAAGAUUCAACGUAAAUUAAGAAUAAAAGGAAUUCAAAAUAAAGAUCUCUCGAAAAGAAAUAAAAAUCAUUUAAGAAAGCAAGCAAAGAAAAAUUUCACAGAUGAAGGAGACCAGCUGUUCAAGACAGGCAUCAAGAUUCUCCAGCAGUCUAAAAACCAAAAACAAAAAGCAGAAGCCUACGUGUUCUUUGCCAAAGCAGCUGACAGGGGAAACUUGAAAGCUAUGGAGAAAAUGGCUGAUGCUUUGCUAUUUGGAAAUUUUGGCAUGCAAAACAUAACAGCAGCUAUCCAAUUAUAUGAGUCCCUGGCUAAAGAAGGAUCAUAUAAAGCCCAAAAUGCAUUAGGAUUUUUGUCUUCUUAUGGGAUAGGAAUGGAAUACAAUCAAGCCAAGGCACUGAUAUAUUACACCUUUGGAAGUGCUGGAGGAAGCAUGAUGUCCCAGAUGAUUUUGGGAUACAGAUAUUUGUCAGGAAUCAAUGUUCUACAGAAUUGUGAAGUUGCCCUAAAUCAUUACAAGAAGGUGGCAGAUUAUAUUGCUGACAAAUUGGAAAAAAGUGAAGGUAUUCCAGUGGAAAAAGUGAGACUAACUGAGAGACCUGAAAAUCUGAGUUCUAACAGUGAGAUUUUGGAUUGGGACAUAUACCAAUACUACAAAUUUUUGGCAGAAAGAGGAGAUGUUCAGAUACAAGUAUCUCUUGGACAAUUACAUCUAAUUGGGAGGAAAGGUCUGGAUCAGGAUUACUACAAAGCAUUAUACUACUUCUUAAAGGCAGCAAAGGCUGGGAGUGCAAAUGCCAUGGCAUUUAUUGGAAAGAUGUAUUUAGAGGGGAAUGUGGCAGCGCCACAAAAUAAUGCUACUGCCUUCAAAUACUUUUCCAUGGCAGCCAGUAAGGGCAAUGCAAUUGGUCUUCAUGGGCUUGGUCUUCUUCACUUUUAUGGGAAAGGAGUUCCUGUGAAUUAUGCUGAAGCACUUAAAUACUUUCAGAAAGCUGCAGAGAAAGGAUGGCCCAAUGCACAGUUUCAAUUAGGCUUCAUGUACUACUCUGGCUCUGGAGUGUGGAAGGAUUAUAAACUUGCCUUCAAAUAUUUUUACUUGGCAUCUCAGAGUGGGCAACCCCUUGCCAUUUAUUACCUGGCCAAGAUGUACGCGACAGGAACGGGAGUGUUAAGAUCGUGCAGAACUGCUGUGGAGAAAAGGCUAAAAUUCUUGAAAAAGAGAAGAUGUAUCCAAUGGCACUUCUCCUAUGGAAUCGAGCUGCCAUUCAAGGACAUUCACUUGGCCAGGAGAUUAUAUGAUAUGGCUGCUCAAACGAGUCCGGAUGCUCACAUACCUGUUUUCUUCGCCCUCAUGAAACUGGAAACCGUGCAUUUGCUCCGAGAUAUCCUGUUUUUUAAUUUCACCAUGAGAUGGAAAUGGAUGAAAUUGGACAACACCCUUGGACCAUACUGGGAUUUAUUUGUCAUUGGCCUAAUUGUUGCUGUGCUGAUCUUCUUGCUUAGAAACCGUUAUGGGUAGGAUCUUGACCAUCGGAAAACCUGCUCAUGAGAACAGUUUACUUCAAGUUAUCCUCACUAAAUAAAGAAUUUCCUCGUCAAACUCAAG